GACACGUCUGUACUGCCAUACUUUCCACAAGCAUUGGACACGAUGGCAAAUCCAACUGUUAUCUUGAAAAAGCAAGGAGAAAUCGUCAUUGAGGAUUGCCCAAUUCCAGAACCAAAACCAGGAGAGGUUCUCCUUCAAAUGCAAGAUGUUGGAAUCUGUGGCUCAGAUGUUCACUAUUGGCAACAUGGAAGAAUUGGAGACUUUGUUGUUAAAGCACCGAUGGUGCUUGGUCAUGAAGCCAGUGGGGUGGUCAGUAAAGUCGGAGAGGGUGUGUCCAACCUCAAAGUGGGUGACCGGGUAGCCAUUGAGCCAGGUGUUCCCUGUCGCACCUGUAAGAACUGUAAGACUGGGCGGUACAACCUUUGUCCAGACAUGAAGUUCUGUGCCACGCCCCCUGUCCAUGGAAACCUGGCCAAAUUCUACACUCAUGCUGCGGACUUCUGUUUUAAGUUACCAGACAAUGUAAGCACAGAAGAGGGUGCUUUCCUGGAGCCCCUGUCUGUGGGGGUCCAUGCUUGCCGUAGGGCAGGGGUCAGUCUUGGGAGUAGGGUACUUGUUUGUGGGGCGGGGCCAAUCGGACUGGUCAACCUCAUGACUGCAAAAGCCAAUGGAGCUUCAGAAGUCUGUAUCACAGACAUUGAUGAGAAGAGGUUAGAAAUGGCCAAGGCUGUUGGAGCAGACUACACUGUGCUUGUCAAAAGUAGGGAUGGACAGGAAGUGGCCAGACAGAUAGAGGAAGUUAUGGGUCAGAAGCCAGAGAUCACCAUAGAAUGCAGUGGGGCACCACCAAGCAUACAGACAGCCAUAUAUGCAACAGAGUCGGGUGGCUGUGUAGUGUUGGUUGGACUAGGACCAGCUGAUGUCACUUUGCCGAUUGUUAAUGCUUCUGUUCGUGAAGUCGAUAUUCGAGGAAUUUUCAGAUAUGUAAACUGCUAUCCAACAGCACUGGCCAUGAUUGCUUCAGGAAAAGUUAACGUCAAGCCUCUCAUCACCCACCGAUUCAAACUCCAGGACAGCGUGAAAGCUUUUGAGACGGUUGCCAAGGGCGAGGGCAUAAAGGUCAUGAUUCAUUGUGCUUAGUUACCAGACAGGAAGUUGUAUGAAAACCAAUAGAUUAACAACAGACAUGGAUUACUGGAAUGAUUAGGUUUCAGAAAAGAUAACCAGAAAUUGGAUGGUGUCUUGAGCCAAUGAUAUGGAAAAUGUUUAAAUGUGGUGCUUAAUUCAUUAUCUUUGCGUAAAUUCGCAGUAUGUGAAAAUCAGUACAAGAAUAUUGAAGUAUUAAGAUGAUCUGACCAUAGUCUCAUUUUCAUUUGUAAGCAUAUUGUGAAUUUCUUAUUUGAUUACCAGAUCUGAUUGAAUGUUUGAACUGAUUUUGUGCAACAUUUGAUUGAUUGAUUUAUUUGUCUGUGAUAAUGCCAAUAUGGUGUAGGAUUCAUAUAAUCAUUAGCAUUAAACAUUGUAUCAAUUUCA